AGUAAAGAGAAGAGCGGAGUCCAGUACAGUUUAUAUUUAGUAAGUUAAACAAAAUUUAAGCUGAAAAUGUGAAAUCUGUCACAUUUGACGUGAACUUUUACGUCACUUUUACACAAAAAACCCGAAAUCUAAUCCAAUAAAUUCAACCAAAAAAUUGAUCCGUUAUUGAGUUCCCAAAUAUUGAGUAUUUAUUUGUAACAAAUUCAAAUUUACCGCCACUGUCCACGCAUGUCAAUUGUCAAUGCGCCCAAGGCCUUCUUAGAAACGUCAAAAUCGGACAUUUUUAAACGACUUUUUUCCGUUACAAAUCGAAGACAUACAGGCAAAUAAUUAAAAAACUGGCUAUAUUCAGGAAACACUGCCCAUGUUUUUUUUUACUCAUUUUUAUUUUAGAUACAAACUACGAACUGUCACCAUGUCUCCACUUCUUCGUCCUGGAAUACCUGUGCUAUUACGACGUGGUAAUCGCCUGUUUCUAUUGGGCCAUAUUCGUCAACGUGUGCCUAUGUUGUGCCGAAAUAUUCCUCAUGUUCACCAAGAAUAUCGUCGUAGCCGAGCACGCCUUCAUUUUGUGUUUCCAAAUAAUGGGUGUUUUGGCCGGGAAUAUUAUAUUGCCAAUCCGCAGUCAACUACUGUACUCGGAGAGGCGCUACAAGGAAAUCGAGUGGUCCCUAAGGUCCCUUAAACCGAAGAAAAGGGUUAUUAUAAGCAAACUAGGACUCUACCAGUCACUCGCGUUCGAAUUUGUCCUGAUCUUGUCAUUUAUUGACUUUUGGGUGAUAUUUCCGGAAAUAAACAAGACCUGCGUAAUGAUGGCGGCGUUCGAGUACAACAACUGGCUCCUUACUGGGGUGCUUUAUUUCCUGGAGAUCGGUGAUGUGCUAACGAUGUGUUACUUUGUCCUGAUGGUCCCGAACCUCCACACUUACUUCGCCCUCAAGGCUGAGGUGCAAAUUUUCUUGCUCACCCAAUACGUGAACAGCCUAAACGAAUAUUUAAGAACCCAUAAGGGUCGGAAUCAGGAGCAAAUCGUAAAAUUUAAUUUGAGGCUAAUUUAUAAUAGAUAUUGCGAAAUUAAGCAGGUGUACGUGGAUAUAAGGGAUGCGGUAAGCUCCGCUGGAAUCAAGUACGUCUUACCGUCGUCACUUAUUACCAUUUUUAUCGUUUACGCUGCGGUUGAAGGUAAUCUAAGUAUCGUGACCCUCGUAAUGCAUUUUGUCGUCUUCAGUACUGUGUUGAUAAUCACCAUAAUAUCUGGCCAGAGAUACGAGGAUGAGUGGAAACAUUUCUAUGAAUCACUCUGUAAACUGCCUUGGUACACUUGGAGCCUGCGCAAUCAAAAGUCUUACCUCAUAAUGAUCACUGGAUCUUCAAAGAUCGUUCAGCUGAUCAUUCUUGAGACUAUCGUGGUGAAUUAUAGUCUUUUUAUUAAGGUUGGAAGGUUCCUGUACACUGGGGCCAACAUGAUCUUUAGUCUACAUAGGAAGUGAAUCGCACAGCAUAAAAAUUAAUUAUGAUACUUAACGUUUAAUAAAUCCAAAGAGCAUCA